AUGGACGAAAUCUUGGGCGAGGACCUGCCCAUCGCGCCCGCUAGGCUCUUUGAACGUCUAUCCCAAGUGCCAAACUAUACGUGGGAUCGCUCGUUCGUACCGUUCCACACCAGCUAUGAUCACUGGCAUGUCUACGGUGUCCUUCACAAUCCAGAUGUCAUCAACCCGCGCGCAUCAGUUAGUACCUUGACCAGCUUUUCCGUCCUCUCCGGUUCGACCAGAAGCUCUCCGAAACUCGAUCCUCAUCGUCCCGCACUCCGACACAAUCACUGGAGUAGCAUUAGCGGGACUUCGACUGAUAGCGAGAACUUGUCCUCCAAAGGCGACCCGGAUCCAAUAUGGAUGCCUGUUGUGGCACGCAUCAGCAUGCACGUAGUGCGGCUGGAAAGAGAGUUCUAUUAUAACCAGGCGAUCGUUAGGGAUGCCGACCCGGAGUGCGAACAUACCAUACGGCCCAUCGAGAUCUUCAAGCUACCUACCACGCCCGGUGAUACCCGACCUAUCGUCGUCUGUGUAUACGAAGCUCCGGGCAAAAACUAUCUUAGGGAGAUUCUGGACAUGGGACCAGCGUUCUAUGGCCUCAAUAACCACAGGAUGAGUGUCGCCGCCGACGGAACCCCCGGCGAGCGGAUACCACUUCAGGCCUUUCUAGAUUUCGCCGUCGGUGCUGCAGAGACCCUUGAGCUUUUGCAUCACGGUGCCAAUAGUGUCCAUGGAGAGGUUCGCUCAGAUACUUUCCACUGGAACCGGGAGACAGGAACGGUCAAACUGGCUAAUGGUGGGAAUGGACCCCGAGCAUUCGAAAAUCUGCUAUCCAGUGAGGGUUGGGCCAACCUCAGCCGGGAAAUUGGCGUCAAGAAUAAAUUGAAUUUUAUUGCUCCUGAGCAAACGGGGAGGUUACCAGCGGAGCCCGAUAGUCGCACAGAUAUCUACAGCUUGGGGGUUCUGUUCUGGACACUGCUCACCGGACAGCCCGCCUUUGAUGCAGAGACUCCCAUCGAUAUCGUUCAGCGUGUCCUCACCCAUCGUCUUCCUUUGGUCACCGCAGUCCGCAUGGAUGUUCCUGAUGCCAUUGCACAUAUCAUUGCAAAGAUGACCCAAAAGCAGAUGGAUGAGCGUUACCACUCAAUGAGUGGUCUCAGGUAUGACUUGGUACAGAUCCAGAAGUUUCUUGGGGAAGGUGAUCAGGAAAAGAUCAAGAAUUACAAGGUCGGGCAACGAGACGUCUCGUCCUUCUUCAUUCUCCCAACCAAACAGUUUGGCCGACACGCCGAGACCGAACGUAUCACCAAGAUUAUUGACGAGGCCCACAAGCGGCACACCUCGUCUGUCACGAGGCCCUCCCCUUCGCAACAUGGUCUUUUGAGUGCCGGCUCCAAUUCAUCCGUUUCGGACAGCCGCAUGGAUGGAGCGGAAGAGGCGCCCGGUUCUGACGAUUCAAGCUCGUUCGGUUUCCGGGAGUCUCGCAGUAACUCCACCACUAUUGGGUUGGAUGGUGCGUAUACUCCAGGAUAUGGUACCAAAACCAAUCUGUUAGGAAAGCGUCCUCGUGGCAUCGCUGACCCGAGAAUCACACCAUUGGACGUCUUAUCCGACCGGGACAGCAGUUUCUCGGGGGGCUUGCAACCUGCAAGUGACAUGUUGCCUGGGAUGAUGACUCGAAGGAGAAACAGCCACAAAUACAAGCGAAGGUCAAAGACCGAGGUCAUAACCAUCCUGGGACCAGCGGGAGUUGGCAAGACUGCUCUGAUCAAGGCCGUACAACCUGUUAUCCGUCGCCAUGGCUAUUUCGCCCUCGGCAGAUUCGACAGGGCCCGGCCUUCUCCUUUUGAGCCUCUGAUCAAGGUCAUGGCAAGUCUCUUCCGACAGAUCUUCUCAGAGAAAGACGUCAAUUCGCCAUACCAUGAGCAUCUUCGGGCGCACGUUACGCCCUUCUGGCCGAUUCUACACUCGAUGUUGGACCUUCCUUCGACACUGCUUGAUGUCACUGUCCUCUCCAAGAAGCUCUUGCUCAAACCCGAUACCGCAAAUCAAAGCAUCAACACUGAGGUUCCGACAAUUGACAGCGGCGGUCCCAAGGCGCAUACAAUUCCACCUCACCACGGCACGUGGGACGCCAACGACUUUCUGCGUGGUCCGGCCAAUACCAAGUCCAUUCGACUCAUCAACACGUACAUGGAUGUUCUACGCACAAUCUGCACAGGCAAGUUGAUUUGUCUCUGCUUGGACGACCUUCAAUAUGCAGAUAGUGAAUCAAUCGAACUGCUGAUGCAUAUCAUCAGAGCGAAGGUGCCGGCUGUGCUUAUACUGUCGAGCAGAGUGGAGGAUGGAAACGUUCCUGAACCGACAGUCAAACUUCUAGAUCUCGAUUCUACUAAUAAGAUCGAAUUGGCCAACUUGCGCGAAAGGCAUGUCUUCGAAUAUGUUGCAGCAACAAUGUCUCAGCCGGUGGAAACAGUUCUGCCCCUUGCAGCCGUUGUCUACGCCAAAUCAGAAGGAAAUCCGUUCCUGGUCAAGGAUAUCCUCCAAACAUGCUAUCAACGGAACUGUUUGUGGUAUGAUUGGAAAGAAUCAGGAUGGCAGUUUGAUUUAGACAAGAUUUUCAAUGAGUUCAGCAGUGAAGGCUGCACGGACAAUGGUUAUCUGACCCGCCGGCUGCAAGAGUUACCACCCGCCGCAAGGUCAAUCCUGGCAUGGGCCUCUCUGAUCGGAACGACCUUCUCCUUCAAGUUGAUCCAGUCCAUUGUGACUGGGGAUUUCUUCUUCAGCAGCGGAAGAGAUCAGACGCAUGAUGCAACUUGUCCCAAACGUGCCAAGUUAAUGAAUCUAUCAGAAACUGACUGCAUCAAUGGGCUCCAACAACUGGUCAACAUGUUCAUCAUAAAUCCAGGUGAGACCGACGACGAAUUCCGCUUUGCGCACGGGCGAUACUUGAAAGCGGCGAACGAAAUGCGCGAAUGUCAGAACACUACCAAGAUGCAUUUCAUUAUCGCGCAAGCUAUGAUGACAUACCUCAGCCAAUGCAAGUAUAAUUUGUACCCUUUGGCACGUCACAUCUGUCUGUCUGCAGAAAUCGUGAAAGAGAGGAUUCCAACGCGGAUGCGUUAUCGCGAUGUCCUUUGGCGAGGAGCGCAGAAAGCAAUCGAAACUGGCGCGAAGGCUACUGGCCUCUGGUAUUACAAGUCUGCGCUCAAACUGCUACAAGACGACAAGUGGAACACGGACAACCCAGAUGUCUUCUAUGACGAAACUCUCCAACUUCACGUUAACACCGCUGAAAUCAUGUAUCUUCAAGGAGAGGAUGUUGAAGCCCUGGGACUUCUGAACGAGACAUUCGCUCAUGCAAAGUGCUCUGCGGAUAAAACUAGGUCUUUUAUCCUAAAAGGGCGUGUACUGGCUUCUCAAGGGAGAUUCAUGGAUGCGUUCAUGACUCAAAGAGAAUGUCUGGCAGAGCUAGGCCUUGCUUUACCGGAAACGACUUGGGAGGAAUGUGACGUCGAUUUCAAGAAGCUAGAGCUCCGACUGCAACAACUUGAUAAGGAGGCGCUUCUGACGGCUCCAUUGAGCGAAGACAAGACCGUAAUCGCUCUGGGUACAGUUCUCUCCGAAGCCCUUGGCGCUCUCUACUGGUCGAACGCUUUGCUAUGGUACCAACUCGUUAUAGCCUAUGUGAACACAAUUCUCGAUCGUGGUGUUUUUGUUCAGGCUGGAGUCGGCUUCACCAUGCUUGGUGCUGCCGCUAUUGGCCGCUUCAAGGACAUCGAGUUGGGCCUGUCUUAUGGCGAUAUUGCACAAGAAUUCUACACCAUGUUUGACGAUGCUUGGACGCGAGGUAGAGGUUGGACUCUGUACACCCUUUUUAUUGGCCACUACCAGACUCCAGUGCGAAAUCUUCUCCCUAUACUCGAUAGCGCACUCGAAUAUUCAUUGUCAUCCGGGGACAAGUUUGUCAGCAUCCUGAACAUUGGAGCCAUGGCUCUUUCGAGGUUUUGGGCUGGACAAGACCUUGGAGAAGUGGAGGCUUUCUGCAACUACGGCCCGGAAGAAUUUGAUGACUGGGACAAAGAUCGGCGAGGGGGGACACUUUUAACUGUUAUCAGACAGGUGUCACGGGCGCUGCAAGGAAAGACCAUAGCAGCUGACGCUGCCACUCUUCUCGACGAUGAAGAUCACCAAACCGAGUCAUGGUUGACGGAUUGUGGAAUGUACGCUGCGAACGCGCAACGUUCUCGCGACAUAUUCCACGCUAUGUCGCUUGUCGCUUACCAUCUACUGGGAUACCAUGAAUACGUCGUCCAAAAGGGAAGAGAAUUAAUCGUCGGAAGUCUUGAUGAGCUUUGGUCUAAUAGGCCCACCUGUGGCACUCGCUUCUACCUGGGCCUGUCUCUCAUCGCGGUCGCUAAAGAGAAGCCCGAAGAGGAGCGUGGACCUUAUAUCGAAGAGGCCAAGGAGAUGAAACGCUUCAUCGACGAUUGGGGAAAAGUCAAUGAUGUGAACUACUUUGCGUGGUCCAGGAUACUUGAAGCCGCUAUUUCCGACAUAACUAAAGUGUACUACAACGUCACUUCCAACCUCGAAAUGGCCAUUGACCAUUGUCAAGUUCACGGGUUCGCCAUGGAAGAGGCGCUGGCAGUGGAAAUGCAGGCUGACUUCCUCCUAUUGCGCGGGGCAAAGAGAGCCGGCAAGGUCAUGAUCCAAGAAGCCAUUGCCGCUUGGAACAGGAUCAAUGCGGCAGGGAAAGCUCGGCAGCUUCAAGAGAAGCAUGAGUGGCUGAUCAAAACCGCCACUACCUCGAGGACCAUGGACGCCACUACCCAGACACAGGAUUUGCAUGCAUUGACUGUAGGUGAAGGUGCGCAGAUCCAGAACAAGCGAGAAUAUACAAACCAAUGGGUGCAGCCGAAAGCCGCCGUCGCGACUCAAACACCCCAGGACGUUCCCGGCCUAGGCCUCGACAUCCUCGAUUUAACAUCUAUCCUGGAAUUCUCGCGCGUCAUAAGCUCAGAGCUCCAAAUCAACAAUCUCCUCUCCAAAAUGAUUUCAGUCAUCCUGGAAUCUGUUGGUGGGCAGGCAGAAUUCUGCGCAAUUGUUAUUGACUCCGAGGAUCAAGGAUGGUGUGUUGCAGCAAGCGCAGACCACGAGACAGGUGUCAAAACUUACCCCGAUGGAAUUCCGUUCUCAGAGGUCGACGACCAGGCCGCCCAGCAGAUCACCCAUUAUCUUCUUCGGACUAAAGAAACUGUGUUCGUGCACAACGUUCUCGAAGAUGAUCGGUUCUCCAAUGUAGGUGAUGCAUAUUUGGCAAGGAACCCUCAUGGACGUUCGAUCAUUGCCAUACCUAUCAUCCAGGCUGAUCAUUUGAUGGGUGUCAUCCAUCUCGAGGGGCGGCCAAACGCCUUCACUCAGCGCAAUAUGAUCGUUCUCAACCUUCUUACGAACCAAGUCGCCAUCUCACUUGGCAACGCGCUCCUCUACAGAAAGGUUCGCAAAGUUAGCGCAUCGAAUGCCAGCAUGGUCGAGUCUCAGAAGCGGGCCCUCGUAGCAGCACGUGAGGCAGAAGCUAAAGCCAAGAAGGCGGAGGCGGAGGCUAUGCAUAAUGUCAAAUUGAAGGAGGAAGCCGCCAAAGCGAAGUCAAUUUUCCUCGCCAACGUCAGUCAUGAGCUCCGAACUCCCCUGAACGGCGUGAUCGGUAUGUCCGAAUUACUCAAGGGUACUCCUUUGAGUAAAGACCAAGAACAAUAUGCGGACAGCAUCCGAGUCUGUGCGGACACAUUACUAACCGUUAUCAACGACAUUCUGGACUUUUCCAAGCUCGAGGCUGGCAAGAUGCAGAUGUUCACGGUUCCUCUAAAUUUGAAAGAGACUAUCACCGAGGUGGUGCGGGCGCUAGCCUAUACCAACCAGGAACAUGGACUCAAGACUAUUGAAGACCUGCAAAUAGACGAUAACUUGGUCCUCGGUGACCCAGUCCGCCUCCACCAAAUUUUCAUGAAUCUGCUGAGCAAUGCCUACAAAUUCACUCCCAAGGGCUCCGUCACGGUCAGAGCUCGAAAGAAUGCCGAAACGAGAGACAGGGUCAAAAUUACUUGCUCUGUUGCAGAUACUGGUAUCGGUAUCACGCAGGAGCAGCUCACACGGCUUUUCCAACCUUUCUCGCAAGCCGACUCGUCCACGGCGCGUUCGUAUGGGGGUAGCGGCCUUGGUCUCAGUAUCUGCAAGGCCAUGAUCGAAAACGUGCUCGGCGGUAAGAUCUGGAUUGAAUCAACGCCUGGCGUCGGCACGACGGUGUCCUUUACACUUACAUUCCAGAAAGCACCAAAGAACAGCAGUGUGCGCAACGAAAUCCAAAUCUCUGCUAAGGAUCCAGACCCCAUGGCGAAUUGGUCACAGUCGGCCAGUCCAGAGACAGAGCAGAAGACGUACAGUUUCUGUGACCUGAGCAAGGUUCCCCGUGAGGAAUUGCGUGUUUGCAUUGCCGAGGAUAAUCAGAUCAACAGAAAGAUUGCCAUUUCAUUCGUCAAUCGGCUUGGCUUGAAAUGUGAGGCCUAUGAAGAUGGGAAGCAAGCUUACGAGGCCUUGCAGGCCAAGAGUAAACAAGGAAAGCCAUUUCACCUGGUGCUGAUGGACGUCCAGAUGCCUGUGCUCGAUGGAUAUGAAGCGACCAAAGCAAUCAGAGCCGAUCCAGAUCCUAACGUAAGUCGAGUUCUGAUUAUUGCCAUGACGGCUUCGGCAAUUCGUGGCGACCGAGAGAAGUGCCUCGAGGCUGGAAUGAACGACUACCUUGCCAAGCCAGUCCGCCAGACUGCUCUGAAAGCCAUGCUGGACGAGUAUCUUCACAGAACCAAAGCAGCGCCGGAGAACUCAGUCAAGACCCCUGAAUCCAACUCAUCCCCUGUCGAUGAUGCCAACGGUUCGGCCGAAAGCGGUAGCAAGUCACCCAGCUCAACUACGAAUGGCGAAAAAUCACCCGGCUCGACGACGAACGGCGAAGAACCACCAAUGAGCCCGACAGAACGACCGAAGUUGCGUCGGCCGUUCAAGAGAGUGAUGAAGAAAGUCGAAGCCAGCAUCGCUGAGGUGAGCGAACAGGCAAACAAAGAAUCCGUGACAUCAGGUGUAGAGAAUGGCCAAGGUGGGAAGCCCAGUCCUCCUAGUGGCAAAAGGGAAACAGACGAACUAGGGAAGAUCACCUCGGAGCAAGUUGCUCCCAAACCAGUGCUCCACGUUGGUGGUGUGCUGCCCACCAACGGGCACGUCAAUGGCACGGUGAAUGGAACAGCUCACAGCAUUGAGGAGAUUGUGCCGUCAUUAACGCUGAUGGAACGAUCAGCAAAUGCAGAUCCCACGAAGGCGGAACCCUCGUGA